AUGCGGCAUCUUGUCAUUCUUGUGCUGUUAUGUCUGCCAGUUUGCUUGGCUUAUCCACUGGAUGGGGCAGUGAAGGACAACUCAAACAUGGAUCUUGUCCAGCAAUACCUAGAAAACUACUUCAACCUUUCAAAAGAUGUGAAACGGUUUGUGAGAAGAAAGGACAACAGCCCUGUUGUUAAAAAAAUCCAAGAAAUGCAGAAGUUCUUUAGGUUGGAGGUGACAGGGAAACUGAACUCUGACACCCUGGAGGUGAUGCGCAAGCCCAGAUGUGGAGUCCCUGACGUGGGUCACUUCACUACCUUUCCUGGCUCACCGAAGUGGGGAAAAACUCACCUUACUUACAGAAUUGUGAAUUAUACACUAGAUCUGCCAAGAGAUGCUGUUGAUUCUGCCAUUGAGAAAGCUCUGAAAGUCUGGGAGGAGGUGACUCCUCUCACAUUCUCCAGGAUUUAUGAAGAAGAGGCUGACAUAAUGAUCUCUUUUGCAGUUAGAGAACAUAGAGACUUUUUCCCUUUUGAUGGACCUGGAAAAGUUGUGGCUCAUGCCUAUGAACCUGGGCCUGGGUUGUAUGGAGAUGUUCACUUUGAUGAUGAUGAAAAAUGGACGGAAGAUAUAUCAGGAACAAAUUUAUUCUUUGUUGCUGCUCAUGAACUUGGCCAUUCCUUGGGACUUUUUCAUUCGGACAACCCUGAAGCUUUGAUGUACUCACUCUACAAGCCACCCACAGACCUAACUCGAUUCCAACUUUCUCAAGAUGAUGUGAAUGGCAUUCAGUCUCUGUACGGUCCUCCCCCUGCCUCCACUGAUGAACCUGUGGUGCCCACAGAACCCAUCCUUCCAACACCUGAGACACCAGACAUGUGUGACCCUGCCUUGUCCUUCGAUGCAGUCAGCACUUUGAGGGGAGAAGUUCUGUUCUUUAAAGACAGAUACUUUUGGCGCAGAACCCCUUGGAACCCCAAACCUGAAUUUCAUUUAAUUUCUACAUUUUGGCCAUCACUUCCAUCGCAGUUAGAUGCUGCAUAUGAAGUUAAUAACAAGGAUACUGUUUUUAUUUUUAAAGGAAAUAAAUUCUGGGCCACCAGAGGAAAUGAGAUACAAGCAGGUUAUCCAAGAGCUAUCCACACCUUGGGCUUUCCUCCAACCAUAAGGAAAAUUGAUGCAGCUGUUUCUGAUAAGGAAAAGAGGAAAACAUACUUCUUUGUAAAGGAUACAUACUGGAGAUUUGAUGAAAAUAGCCAGUCCAUGGAGCAAGGCUUCCCCAGACUAAUAGUUGAUGACUUUCCAGGAGUUGAGCCAAAGGUUGAUGCUGUAUUACAGGCAUUUGGAUUUUUUUAUUUCUUCAGUGGAUCAUUACAGUUUGAGUUUGAUCCUAAUGCCAAGAUGGUGACACAUGUAUUGAAGAGUAACAGCUGGUUACACUGUUAG